AUGUUCGCCACCCGGGCCGAAGAGCUGACUAAGCCCCCUGAUCAACUUCUUCUUCUUUUCUAUCUCGACUUUCUCGACUUUCUCGACUUUUAUCUCGUUCUUCAACUUCAUCUUCCUCAACCUCUCUGGUCUCUUAUACGGUGGUCUCUUAUAGCUGGCGUCUCCCUCCCUCCUCCAUCUACGCUGGCUGCAAUGAAUUCAACAACGCUGCUCUCCCCGUCGCCAGAGACGUUCUGGGGUCAGUUCCAGCAGACGGCCUCCUACAACCCCCAGCUCAACGUCUUCGAGCAGCUGUGGGCGGCCUGGUAUGCCUACAUGCAGAACGACGUCCUCGCCACGGGCAUCAUGUCCUUCGUCAUGCACGAGACCGUCUACUUUGGCCGCUCGCUGCCCUGGAUGAUCAUCGACCGUCUGCCCUACUUCAACCGCUACAAGAUCCAGAGCCAUAAGGUCCCGACCAUGCAGGAGCAGUGGAACUGCGCAAAACUCGUCCUCCUCAGCCACUUCACCGUCGAGCUGCCCCAGAUAUGGCUGUUCCACCCGAUGGCGCAGUACUUUGGGCUCGCGACCACCGUCCCCUUCCCGCCGGUGUGGAAGAUGGCCUACCAGAUCGCCAUCUUCUUCGUGCUCGAGGAUACCUGGCACUACUUCUUGCACCGGGCCUUCCACUGGGGGCCGCUCUACAAGGCCAUCCACAAGAUCCACCACCAGUACUCCGCGCCCUUUGGACUCGCUGCCGAAUACGCAUCCCCGAUCGAGGUCAUGGCCCUGGGCUUCGGCACCGUCGGCUGCCCCAUCCUCUGGUGCGCCCUCACCGGCGACCUGCACAUCCUCACCAUGUACAUCUGGAUCGUCUUCCGUGUCUUCCAGGCCAUCGACGCCCACAGCGGGUACGAGUUCCCCUGGAGCCUGCACCACUUCCUCCCCUUCUGGGCCGGCGCAGACCACCACGACGUCCACCACGAGAAGUUCGUCGGCAACUACGCCAGCAGCUUCAGGUGGUGGGACUACCUACUAGACACCGAUCAGUCCGUAGAUAUGGCCGACUCGAAGCUGUUCACUGUGCGCCCCGCCUCCAAGCAGCCUCGCGCCGACUACAAGGAUACCUUUCGUGUCUAUCUCUCGCCGGCGUCGCUGCUGCAGGUCAAGGUGCGCGUAGGCGAGCUCUGCCAGCUGGAAUCAUAUGCGCCCAGCAAUGCGAGAGAGAAUGCGAGAGAAGUGAAAGAUGCGAAUGCGAAAGAAGUGAAGACGGCGAUUGCGUGGACGGCGGCAGAGAAAAUCCACGACAACAUCAUCCAGACGUCGAAGCAGCUACAAGAGCUGUACGGCCUCAAGCUGGGAGACAAGAUCUCUGUCUCGCCGGCCGCUGAGCCGCUGGCAGAGAUAGAGACCGUCCGGCUCGAGGAGCUGAAGCGCAGCGCCAGCGUCAGCAGCGUCGCCGGCGGACGAGCAGCGACUCCCGCCAGUCGAGAUCUCGCAGACGAGGAGCGCCCGCACUGGGAAUGGGCUCUCGAGCAUCCUCUGUCCAAGUGCGAGGUCGUCUCGCUUGGCCUGGUCUUCGACGUCGAGCUCAAGGGCGCCUCCAGGCGGUUCAGGGUCGUCCAUAUCGACCCCGGCAGCGGCGGGAGCACCGCCAACUCCGUCUUCAAGUACACGGAGAGAUCGAGAGUGGCCAUCGGCGCGCCUGAGGCCGCCUCGGGGGACGCAGCUUCGGCUUCUACGCAGCGUAUCGAGGUCGCGGCGACGGGACUCGGUGGACUCGGUCCUCAGCUCGCCCUGGUCAACGAGCGGCUGCAGGACUUCAAUACCCAGGACCAGAAGAUCGUUAUGCCCUCGUUCUACAAGAGUAGCGGCGGGAUACUCAUCUACGGAGCCAAGGGGACGGGGAAGAGCGCGCUGCUGGCCAGGAUCGAGGAAGCAAACUGGCGCCGGACGUUUUCCAUCACGUCUUCCAUCGUGAACAGGACGGCCGGCGGAGACGGGACGGCAGUGCUACGCAAGAUAUUCUCGGACGCCCUCAAAUACCAGCCCUCGCUCAUCAAGAUCGACCAGCUGGACUUUGUUGCUCCCAAGCGCGGGUCGGGGGGUGGUGAUGCAACCGUCUCUCCUGCUCUCUGCGAAGGGAUGGACACGCUUCAGGAUAGCAAGGUGCUCGUCGUAGCUUGCACAAGACACCCGAAUGACGUUGAUGACAGUCUGCGGAUGCCCCAUCGUCUGGGCAUCGAGAUCGAGCUGGAGAUACCUACGUCCAAGAGCCGGUUGGAGAUAUUGCAUGCUCUUCGCGGGCCUGCGUCCGAACCGACAGACGAGCUUUUGCAGAGGAUGGCUACCAAGACGCAUGGCUAUGUCGGAGCAGAUCUACUCUCCCUACUCCAGCUGGCGUGCCGGAAGGCAAAGGCACGCAUGCUGUCGUCUACACCCCUUCUUGCAAACGGCGUCAAUGGCAGUCAUGUUGAAGAGAGUGAAAGCAAACCUGAAGCCGUGUCUGAGCCGGAUAAGGUACUAUCACUGGAAAUUACUGAGCGUGACCUGUCUCUGGCCAUGAAGGAGGUGCGGCCAACCGCGAUGAGGGAAGUCUUCCUGGAAACACCGACGGUGAGAUGGUCAGAUAUCGGUGGCCAGAGAUACAUCAAGAACCGCCUGCAAAAGGCAGUCGAGAGACCGCUCAAGAAACCCGAGCGUAUGAAGGAUCUUAAUAUUAAUGGGAAGAAGGGAAUUCUACUCUACGGCCCCCCCGGGUGCUCUAAGACGAUGAUGGUCAAGGCCCUUGCAACAGAGGCAGGGCUGAACUUCCUGGCCGUCAAGGGCGCCGAGAUACUCAGCAUGUACGUCGGCGAGUCCGAACGGGCGCUGCGAGAGAUCUUCCGCAAAGCCCGCGCGGCAAGUCCAAGCAUCAUAUUCUUCGACGAAAUCGACGCCAUUGCAUCCCGGAGAGAGGCCGGGUCCCACGGCGGAAUCAACGUCCUGACCACCCUGCUGAACGAGAUGGACGGCAUAGAAGAGCUGAAGAACGUUCUCGUCAUUGCCGCGACGAACAAGCCAGAGGUACUCGAUCCCGCGCUCAUGCGGCCAGGACGACUGGAUAGCAUACUCUACAUCGGGCUGCCGGACAUGGAGGCGCGCAAGGAGAUAUUCGAGAACUGGAUCGACAGGGCCGACGUCAACGAUGAGGUCGACGCCAUCGUCCUCGCCUCCCUGACGGACGGCCACUCUGGCGCCGAGCUGGUCAACAUAUGCGAAACCGCCGCCGAGCUGUGUCUGGACGAGGAAGACGAGAAGAACACGCCCGGCCUGCAGGUCCAGUUAGAGCACUUUCAAGCCUCUCUCUCCAUGGUGCCCAAACGGGUCAUGCCAGAGGUCAUUCACACCUAUGAGCAAUGGAGCAGGACCUUUGGGAACAACCAGCAGAUAACCAUGUUAUAG